GAUGCCUAGGCUCUUUUCCCCUUGCUUGACCCUCUGGGAGUUUUGUCUGUCCCCAGAGGCUGCAGAGUACCCUCAGGAACUUGGUCUAAAAGAAGGGGGAUGAAUGACAGGCCUAGGGUCGAGAUUAGUAAAGCCAGCAAAGUCUGCUCCCGGGACUUGUCUCAAAAUUUGCAUAAAAAAGAGGUUCCUCCCCCACAUCCCUCCCUUCCCACCUGGGAUAGUGGUCCUGGGCUGAGGUCUGACAGCAGGUGGAGGAGGAAACUCUGCUUGUGAGCAACCACCUCUCCAUUCCUGAAGUGAUGCCUCGUGUCUUCCUGGUCAGGAGUCGGCGUCCACAACCACCUAACUGGGGCCACCUGCCUGACCAGCUCCGAGGAGAUGCCUAUAUUCCAGACUGCAGCAGCCUGGCCGGGCCACCGGCACAUCAGUCUUCCCGCCUUGGGGACCCCUGGGCAAUGCCCAUGCAGGGAACCCUGGCCUCUGCUCCCAGGAGCCCUGGGACACUUGGCUGCCCUCUCUGCCCCAAGGCCUUCCCACUGCAGCGCAUGCUGACACGACACCUCAAGUGCCACAGUCCAGCUCGCCGCCAUGUGUGCCGCUGCUGUGGCAAAGGCUUUCACGAUGCCUUCGAUCUCAAGCGCCACAUGAGGACUCACACUGGAAUCCGGCCAUUCCGUUGUGGAGCUUGUGGUAAAGCAUUUACCCAGCGAUGCUCCCUGGAAGCACACCUCGCCAAGGUGCAUGGGCAGCCGGCCAGCUAUGCUUACCGUGAGCGCAGGGAGAAGCUGCAUGUGUGUGAGGACUGUGGCUUCACCAGUUCAAGGCCCGAUGCCUAUGCACAGCACUGCACCCUACAUGGGGCCACCUGAGACUGUACCAGCAUCCUACCCAUGAAGCAAAUAAACACAGGAAACAAACAAACAAAUAAA